AUGACAUUUCUAAAUUUUGAAGAUGAGGAGGAGUUGGAGGGUGAGGAUGGAGCCUUCAAGGACACUAUUAUUGAAUCGUCCCCACUUCGUCCGAAGCCUAAUAAACCCACCGCCAACAGUCAUCAAGGGAGAGCGCCGACGUUAACCAUUGAAGUUGUCCGAGCUUGCCGACCUUUGAAGGCACUAAACUCAACUGCACCCGAUGCCGUGAUGACCAAUCUCACUCAUACACCCCCACUCUACCCACCGACUUCUCACCACAGCACAAUCUUCUCGCCUCCCCUCAUGUCUGUGACCCUCCUUCACUUCGCACUGCGUGACUGA